AUGAAGUUCUUUGUUUGUAUUUUGGCCAUGGCAGUAGCCUCAUGCUCAGCUGGCUUUAUUGGAGGUGGUGCAGCAGUCGGAGGUGGUUAUGGCGGUGGACAUGAUCAUGUCAAUGUCCAAACUGUUAAGGUGAUCCAGGCUGGUGGUCAAGGAUAUGGCCAUGAUUACGGCCAUGGACAUGGUCAUGGAGAUGUUCAUGUAAAAACCGUGAAAGUCAUUCAUGCCGAACCACAACCUGAAGUUAAAAUUGUCAAAGUUAUCAAGGGACAUGAUCAAGGUCAUAGCCAUGGCCAUGGAUAUGCCCAAGGUCAUGGAGGAUAUCAUGUCCACAACGUUAAAGUUAUCCAUCUGGACAAUGCCGUUGGCCAUGGUCACGGUUCUGGAUAUGGCCACGGCCAUGGUGUUGAAGAAGUAAAAACCAUUAAGGUUAUUCGCCAAGACCAUGCUGGAGGCCACGGUGUCUACGGCGGUCAUGGAAGUUAUGGCCAUGGUCAUGGUUACGGCGGUGCUGAAGUCAAAAUUGUGAAAGUAAUCAAUGCCGGUGGAGCUGGUGGCCAUGGUGGUCAUGGCGGCUGGAAUGGAUGGAAGAAUCCUAAAAUGAAGGCUUUCGUUUGUGUGUUGGCAGUUUUGGUAGCAACAUGCUCCGCCGGAUUUAUUGGCGGUGGUGGUGGUGGCUAUGGCGGAGAUCAUGGCCAUGGUGGUGCAGUACAAACCGUUAAAGUUGUUCACACAGAAGGUGGUGGUCACGGAGGCUAUCAUGGUGGUGAUCAUCAUCAUCAUGGCGGACCAGUGCAAACCGUCAAGGUCAUUCAUGCUGAAGGUGGUGCUGUUGGUGGUGGCCAUCAUCAUCAUCAUCACGGUGGUGCAGCCCAAACCAUUAAAGUUAUUCAAGUUGCCGGUGGCUCUGCUGGUGGUUACAGUGGUGGUCAUGAUCAUGGCCAUGGUGGUCCAGUGCAAACCAAAAUCAUUAAGGUUGUCCAUGAACAAGGUGGACAUGAUCAUCAUCAUGGCCAUGGUGGAGCCGAAGAAGUUAAGACCAUCCAAGUUGUACAUGAAAAAGCUGACCAUGGUCAUCAUGGCCACGGUGGGGCCGAAGAAGUCAAAACCAUCCAAGUCAUUCAUGAACAAGGCGGCGUUGCCGAGGGAGGUCAUGGCGGUUAUUCUUAUGGUGGUGGUGCUGAAGAAGUCAAAACCAUUCAAGUUGUCCAUGAACAAGGUGGAGCCGAAGGCGGUUAUGAUGGUGGUUAUGGCCAUGUAGAUGCCGGUGGUGUUGAUGACUCUUUCGAGACUUUGAAAUCCCUUAAAGUCAUCGGCGCCUUGGGUGGUGGUGGUCAUGGUGGUGCCUCUUACGGCCAUGGCUGGCAAUAA